AUGAUCUCUCCUCUCAACGUCCCGCGCAGCGUGCCUGAUUAUAUCCCUUCUCCACACAACAGUGGCUCGCCGUCUCCCAACACCCAACUCUCGUCGCAGAACCAGUCGCAUCCGAUUUCUCCACCAAAGACCAGGUCUGCGAGCGCCGAGGAAGAUAGCGCGGCUCUGGUAGAGGACUGGAGGGCAUACACCCAGAAACUAAGGAGUCAGAGUGAAGGUGAGAGAGCACACAUGGCUGCAGACCGAGCGAGGAUGGAGGAAGUCAUGGCAGAAGAACGAGCACUGUGGGAUAAAGAGCGUGAUCUAUUGAAGGCUCGCAUCCUAGAAUUGGAGGCGGAACUAGGGAAGAGUGGAAACCAGGCGCGAAUCCCACAUCCCAUCACCCACAGACAACCCAUCUUCGGCUUCACGAGUCCUGGAUCGAAUCCCGUAUCAGUAGCUGGCAGUAUCGAUAGUGUGCACUCGCGGACCGUUCCGCAAGAAUCGGGAAGGAAUGCUGACGGUAGUCCAUUCUAUGCGCCUGCUCCGAGGAAUCCUAGUCGAACCUUUGAUCCUUCCGAGAACACAGACCUGAGGGUUGACGAUGUCCAUGCGCCACGAGAGACCGCGAUUUGUGUUACCAGCAAGGAGCUUACGUCUUCAGACUUCAUUCAGUCUCCGCCAAGCACUCAUGAUCUGGAAGCUAUUCACGAAGCACCUGCUGAGAGUAUCGAUAUCUCACAUAUUCAACCUGAAUUAGAAGGAGUCCUUAUCAAAGCCUCAGCUGUUGAUCCUACUUUCGCUGCCAAGGUCUUAAGCCCACGGCGAUCACCACUGAAGCUCUCGCCGGACAUUAAACCGCCUCCGCGAGAUAUCACGAAUCUGAGCAGAAGCAAUUCCAAGGAAGAGAAGCAAAAGAAGACUCUGGAAGUCGUCACUCAGCCGGAGAAUAGGAGGUUAACAAUGCAUGCUGGCCAUACGCCAAAUCACUCCAUCUCCAAGUUCUCGUUCUUGGGUGCAGAUGGUGAGAGCGGUGGCGCUACGCCAACACAAGAACAUCACACAAAGAUCGAGAGAGUGCAUCGGCCUUCUAUUGCUCCUCCUGAUGAGUACGUUCCGGAAACUGUCGAGGAUGAACCGGAGGAAGACGAUCACGGGGAUAGAGAACUUUCAGGUCCACUGGGAUUGACCACCGAUACGGUGAAGAACGACGCUUUUCUGGAGAAGUUGGUAGAGAAACUGGAGGAAGCGAGGAAGAGUGCCGAUGUCAGUCCCAGUAAUGAUCCCGAGGAUAGCAGAGCCAGCAUCGGUCCCCCGCCAAGGUCGACCUUAGACGAAGACGAUGACGAGAAAGACGAUGUUCCGGUUUUGAGAUUGAAGCCGAGUGUCAAUUUCGGACGGCCACUGGGGAGCAUGUGA